AUGGACGGCGGCGGUGAGGAAGGGAAGCAGCAGCCGCAGCUGGUGCUGGCGCACAAGCUGUUCCUCCUCUCGCAGCCAGACGUGGACGACCUCGCCAAGGUCGGCCUCCGCGACGACGUCCUCGCCGCAGUGAAAUCCGACGACAUGGCGGCGCUGUACGAGUCGCUGGCGGCCGACGGCAUGCUGGAGAUGGACGCGGCGCUGCUCGCGGAGAUGCGCGGCCGGAUCGAGGAGGAGACCAAGAAGUUCGACGAGAAGAUCGCGGAUGCUGAAGAGAAUUUGGGUGAGAGCGAAGUGCGUGAAGCCCAUCUAGCCAAAUCCUUAUACUUCAUAAGGGUUGGCGAGAAAGAAAAAGCGCUGGAGCAGCUUAAAGUUACUGAAGGCAAAACUGUAGCUGUGGGGCAGAAGAUGGACCUUGUUUUCUACACUUUACAGAUUGGCCUUUUCCAUAUGGACUUUGAUCUCAUCUCAAAGUCCGUUGACAAGGCCAAAAUCUUGUUUGAAGAGGGUGGUGAUUGGGAGAGGAAGAACAGAUUGAAAGUGUACGAAGGCUUGUACUGCAUGGCCACUAGAAAUUUCAAGAAGGCUACUAGCUUAUUUUUGGAUUCUGUUUCAACUUUCACAACUUAUGAGUUGUUCCCCUAUGAUACGUUCAUCUUUUACACAGUCCUUACAAGUGUUAUCACAUUGGACCUUGUAGACGCACCUGAGAUCCUGGCUGUAAUUGGCAAAGUACCUCACCUCUCGGAGUUUCUCAACUCCCUCUACAAUUGCCAGUACAAGUCAUUUUUUGUGGCAUUCUCUGGCCUGACGGAGCAGAUCAAGUUAGACCGAUACUUGCAACCGCAUUUCCGCUACUUCAUGCGUGAAGUGCGCACUGUUGUCUACUCACAGUUCCUCGAGUCAUACAAGAGUGUGACGAUGGAAGCAAUGGCUGCCUCAUUUGGCGUGACUGUUGAUUUCAUAGACCAGGAAUUGUCACGCUUUAUUGCUGCUGGGAAACUUCACUGCAAGAUUGAUAAGGUUGCUGGUGUCCUGGAGACGAACCGACCUGAUGCACGUAAUGCCUUCUACCAGUCGACCAUCAAGCAGGGAGACUUCCUGCUGAAUCGCAUACAGAAGCUGUCGCGAGUCAUUGACCUGUAG